CACGCUGUGGACGUGAGGGGGCGCUGCAGGAUGGGGGCAUGGCUCUGGCAACCGCGCGGUGACGGGAAAUACAGGCUGGCCAGGGUUAGCAGCUGGUGCGGCCGCAGCGCAACAGAGCGGGGCGUCUGCGUGCGGGUGCAGAUGGCGGCGGCCGAGGCAGUGCACCACAUACACCUGCAGAACUUCUCCCGCUCGCUGCUCGAGACUCUCAACGGGCAGCGGCUGGGCGGUCACUUCUGCGACGUGACUGUGAGGAUCCGCGAGGCUUCGCUGCGUGCACACCGCUGUGUGUUGGCUGCUGGCUCGCCCUUCUUCCAGGACAAGCUGCUGCUCGGCCACUCCGAGAUCCGCGUGCCGCCGGUGGUGCCCGCGCAGACAGUGCGCCAGCUCGUCGAGUUCCUCUACAGCGGCUCACUUGUGGUGGCACAGGGCGAAGCGCUGCAGGUACUCACGGCCGCGUCGGUGCUGCGCAUCCAGACGGUCAUAGACGAAUGCACGCAGAUCAUUGCCCGCGCCCGCGUCCCGGUCCCGGGCGCUCCCGCGCCCCUACCCACGCCCGUGCCCCCACCUCUCGCGCCCGCGCAGCUCCGCCACCGCCUGCGCCACUUGCUCGCGCGACCUCCGGGCCACCCCGGUGCCGCGCAUAGCCGCAAGCAGCGCCAGCCAGCGCGCCUGCAGCUGCCCGCGCCCACGAAGGCCGAGGGGUCGGACGUCGACCCCGCCCUACCGGCGGCCCCAGACGACGACGGCGACGAGGAGACCGAUGAUGAAACCGACGGCGAGGACGGCGAAGGCGGCGGCCCGGGAGAGGGCCAGGCGCCCCCUUCCUUCCCCGACUGCGCCGCCGGCUUCCUCACCGCCGCCCCUGACACCGCGUGCGAGGAGCCGCCAGCACCCUCCGGCCUCUCGGACUACGGCGGCGCCGGGAGGGGCGUCUUUUUUUUUUUUGGGGCCGACGACGUAUUCCCGGAGAGCUACGUGUCCGCUUGGCAAGAUGAAGACGGCGCCGCCGCGGAAGCCUGUCCCACUGAGACCCCCGCUCCGCCUGACUGCGCCCUGGCCGGAUCCCGCGUCCCCGGCGUGAAGACCCCUGGGCCCCCAGUCUCGCUUUUCCCGUUUCAUCUGGGCGCUCCCGGACCGCCAGCGCAACCUUCUCCCGCACCGUCCGGUCCUGCUCCUGCACUCUCCUCCGCCUUCUACCCCGCGCUCCAGCCAGAUACGGCCCCCAGCGCGCCUCCGGGGGAGGCACCGGCCCCGCCCGCCGCUCCUGCCGCGGCCCCCUCGGCCACCCCUGCCCGAGCCCCGGGUGCCGCCGAGCCACCUGCCUAUGAGUGCAGUCACUGCCGCAAGACGUUCAGCUCGCGGAAAAACUACACCAAACACAUGUUCAUCCACUCGGGGGAGAAGCCCCACCAAUGUGCCGUGUGCUGGCGAUCUUUCUCGCUGCGCGACUACCUGCUGAAGCAUAUGGUUACGCACACAGGCGUGCGCGCCUUCCAGUGCGCUGUCUGCGCCAAGCGCUUCACGCAGAAGAGCUCGCUCAACGUGCACAUGCGCACGCACCGGCCCGAGCGCGCGCCCUGCCCCGCCUGCGGCAAAGUCUUCUCGCACCGCGCGCUGCUCGAGCGCCACCUGGCCGCGCACCCUGCGCCCUGAUCCAGUUCUGGGCCUGGCUCCGCCCACCGCAGGAUUGACCACGCCCCCGCGCAAUAGGCCACCCUCUGGUGGGUUAGGGACUCCCUUGGAACUAGGCCACAACCAUCGCGGGGCCCAUAACAUCCCUGCCGAACCAGUUCAUACCUGCCUAGCCGCCUUGCCCACAUUCCCACCACCAAACCGCACUUUCCCCGGAGCUCAGGCCCUCCCUCUGCUUCCACCUUUUUCCCCAGACCUGGCCAGGGGUCAAGCCUGUCUUACUCCUCUCCUCUCUCGUACUUAGAUCUCCUGACGGUGGCAGGCUGCGGCUGGGGUUGGUCAGGGACCCGACCACUCCUGAGAACUGGAUCAUCUCCAGCCUAAACUCAGACUGGCCGCUCAGACCCUUGGGCUAGGCCCAAGAUUUGUGGCUUGAGCAGGGUGGGUUCUAGAGCUGCUCCUCUGCCCCAGUGUCAAGCUGGGCAUGAUCCCUGGCUCCCCACCCGAACUACCCCUCCCUCAAUCUGGCGUCGCGGGGGGGGGGGG